AGAUGAAGGUGUCCUGUCUCUCUGAAGGAGGGGACAGUCCUCAGUAUAGCUGGACUCUGAAUGGACACAUACUGACAGACUCUGAACUCUUCUCUAGAAACAAUGAUGCUAAUGUCAUCCUUCUGAGACAGAACAUCUCAGGACAUCUGGUCUGCUCAGCCAGAAACCAAGUCAGUUCGUUCUUCAAAGAAAUACAGAUAUCGACAUGUGGCUUCAUAUUUAUAAACUGUUUAACUAUGAAUGGGACCCAAAUAUCUAAGUGGGUGUUGAAAGAAAAUAACAGCCUGUGUGUUGAAUCAACGACCACUUCAUCAGGGAUGCCCAUAAUUAAGAUUAUUAUGGAAAUGUGGCCUAUAAUAGCGGGUGCAUUUGGAGGUCUGCUAAUUAUCCUGGUCAUCAGCUUAGUUAUCAUCUGUGUCAAGAGGAAGAAACAACACAACAAAUUGGAGGAAGAGUAUGUAGAGCUGGAACAUGCUGACACGAGGACAAGUAGAAGGCAAGAGGAGCAACAGGGAGAGAUCCAAGAGGAGUACAGCCAAGUGAAAAAGAAACCUCGGCAUUCUGAUGUCAAGUUGCACUUACAUAAGGAUGGAGUGUAUGCAAAUGUCCACAAAAACCCUUGAUCAGAUGUGUUGAGGUAGUCUACAGAGGCUGACUAUACUGAAAUCAAGAAGAAUUAAUACCCAAAUAUUUUAGUUUUCUCCACUUUCAGUUAUACCAUAUUAUUAAAUAGUUUAGUCUUUAGGAUUUGUGGUUUUAAACAAUUAU